CCAAGUUGCCUGUGACACCAAAACAUGUCCUCAUCAAAAGUCCCUAAUGUGGUGCUCCAAUCCUCCUCCAACCAUGGAAACAUGCCAGUGAUUGGACUUGGCACUGCUUCAGUGCCUCCCAUCAGUGAUGCCACCAAAGAGGCAGUGUUAGAGGCCCUCAAACUUGGUUACAGACACUUUGAUACUGCUUCAAUUUAUGGGACAGAGGAGGCCCUUGGAGAAGCCAUAUCUGAAGCACUUCAACUUGGUCUCAUAGGAUCCAGAGAUGAACUCUUCAUCACUUCCAAGCUCUGGUGCACCGAUAAUUAUCCUCAUCUUGUCCUUCCUGCUCUCCAGAAAUCACUUCAGUCUCUAAAAUUAGAGUAUUUGGAUCUAUAUUUGAUCCACUGGCCCAUUACUGUGAAGCCUGGAAAUUGGGAAUUUCCUUAUCCUGAGGAGGCCCUAACAUCAUUUGACUUAAAGGGUGUUUGGACAGCAAUGGAGGAAUGUCAAAAGCUAGGCCUUACAAAAAGUAUUGGAGUCAGCAAUUUCACUUGCAAAAAACUUGAAAAUCUGCUAUCUUUUGCGUCUAUUCCUCCUUCUGUCAAUCAGGUUGAGAUGAAUCCUACAUGGCAACAAAAGAAGCUGAGAGGGUAUUGCCAAGCAAAAGGUAUAAUCAUAACUGCUUACUCUCCAUUGGGAGCGAAGGGGUCUCCUUGGGGUUCCAAUAAUGUUAUGGACAACCAAUGGCUUAAGGAAAUUGCAGAGGCUCAUGGCAAAUCGGUUGCUCAGGUAUGUCUUAGAUGGUUGUACGAGCAAGGUUUAGCUGUCGCAGUUAAAAGCUACAACAAGGAUAGAAUGAAGCAAAAUUUGGAAAUAUUUGAUUGGUCUCUUACAAAAGAUGACUAUGAAAAGAUUGAUCAGAUCAAGCAACAUCACUUGAGCAAGAAUGGACCAGCAAAAUUCAUUUCUGACCUUUGGGAUGGAGAAAAUUAA